ACUGUAAACCUCGCAGCCAAAAUGGCGGAAAACGAGGGUAACGGCGCAGCGACUAUAACAAUAGCAGCCGCGGAGGAUCCCCCUGAGCCCCCGAGCACCGGAGAGAAGGGGGCAGAAGGUCUCCCGGACUCCACCGUCCAGCCUGGGCAGGAGCCCGAGUCUUCAAGUGCGGGUCGGACCGUCCAGACUGAACCAGCGGGGUCCGGGGCUCUGUUAGCGAGCGUCUUCCCGGUGGAGCAGAGCACCAUGGUGGGCACGGAGUUCACCGACCUGUCCACCACCACCAUCAUCUACGUGCAGCCGGAUGGCACCUUGUUAGAGGGGGGGUCCGGACUGACCGCUGAGGAGCAGCAGGCUGUUCUGAACCAGAUCUCCAAGCACCAGAUCAUGCAGGUCUCCGACACCGAAGCCGCCCAGCUGUUCCAGCAGACCCAGUUGAUGGAGACCAUUCCGGUGCAGAAAACAGUCCUGGACUCGAGUCAGCUUCAGCAGGUCAUCGACCAGGUCAGCAAGACCCAGAACCCGGUCCAGAUCUCUCAGCAGGGUCCUCAGCAGAACAACAACGCCUCCCAGCAGCUGAAGACUGUGGCUCAACACGUUGCUUUGCAGUACAGUCCUGUUCAGUCAGAACCUGUCAAGAUCCAGAUCCAAGUUCCUCCCAAACAGGAGGGAGGCGUCUCCCCCCAGCCGAAGAGUGCAGCUGUCAUCCACCCGCAGGUGAAGCUGUCUCCCAGCGGCGGUUUGAGCAACACUCAGAUCUUCCACCUCCAGCCUGUGGUCAGCCAGGGUCAGCAGAUCCUCCUGCAGCAGAACCCAGAGGACCCGCCCAUCCAGCUGCUGCUGCAAAGCUCCACUCCAGUUGUUGGAUCUCUGCUCCCUCUGGUCCACAAGCUGACCAGUCCGGUAACCGUAGCAGGUGUCGCCUGCAGUCCUGCUCCAAAACCUGCUGCCCCCUCCAUUAGAGCUCCAACAACCUCCACAGUUAAGACUUCAGUUAAUAAGACCCCUCUGACCACGUCCUCCAGAACCAUCAGCAUUCCCCUCAUUAGCCUCCCCUGUAACGGGACGGACUCCUCUUCCAUUAAAAGUCUAGUUAAACCAGUUGCAGCUCCAGCUCAGCCCAGCACGGUCUCCGCCGCCUCACAGUCUGUCAAAGUAACUACACUUUCUGUUGUAAGGGAGCGAGGCAAAGAAAAAGAGAAGGGGAAGGGGAAGAAAAAGGAGAAGAAGGGCGUGAAGGUCCAGACACGGUCAGGUCGGGUUUCAAGACCACCGAAGUACAAAGCCAAGGACUACAAGUUCAUUAAGACGGAGGACCUGGCCGAAAGCCACCAGUCAGACUCUGACGACUAUUCCGACAUGAGUGAGGAAGAGGAGCAGGGCGAGAAUGCGAGAAAAGACGACUCCAGCGGCGUCUCCAGUCUCGUCUACAGCCACAAGUCCCGUUGUCACCAAUGCCAGACUUGUGAUAAGUCCUACAUUGGCCCCGGAGGCCUGAACCGGCACUACAAACUGAAUCCAACCCACGGGGAGCCGGACCUGUCCAUCAGCACGCCGACCCCACUUAGAGAUGAAGACCGGUUAGAGGAGACAGAAGCUGCGAGAGAGCAGGACGAGAAGGACACGCUUCCUGUUGCAGCAACAAACACGGCAGAAAUCGUCUCAACGGCGGCGUCAGGACUCGGGGGUCUCCGUCACCGGGGCCCCGGCCGUCCCAGAGGACGAGGAAGGAGGAGAGGCGGGGGUCGGGGGCAGUUUCUUGGACCAGCGGCAGGCGGCUUUGGGAGCAGACCGGUUCAUCGAGGGCGAUAUCCGAGAACCGGCGUCGUCCCACUGACGGCCGACCAGCAGCUGAAGAGGAGACGAGACCGGCUGCAGGAGCUCGUGGAGCAGUGUGAGGUCGAAGAAUUGACCGACGUCGUUCUUCCUCGUUUGACCAAAGUGUUGAGUCUGUGGGAGCUGCUUCUGGCAAAGGUGGACUGCAAGAGUCCAACGUGCGCUAGCUUCCCAGACAUUUACCGUGAGUUCGAGUCCCUGCAGGCUCAGGUCAGACAGGCCGCUCAGGAGUACAUCACGAGUCCUCAGAGCGGAGACAAGCCUGUGGAGGUCCGGAACAUCGAGGUCGCCAGGUCUCUGGGGAUCCUGGAUGAGGUGAACCGGAUGAAGGUGGUUCCCGGAGCAUCGCCUGCCUCUAGUCUGACUAAUAAGAACGUCCGGUACAUGGGGAACUCUAAGAUGUUGCCACCGUCGAAGAGAUUUAAGAUGGAAAACAGCAUUACAGACGACCAGAGAGGCUCUCCAUCUCCACAAACAGGAGGUGGCGUCGCAGUGACCUCAGUCCCUCCAGCAGUGUCCCCUCUGAAACCUUGCUCAGUCACCGUCUCCCCUCUGGUGAUCUCACAUGACUACAAACUGAAAACCACGUCUGCUGACUCGACCUCCAGCUCCUUCGAGGCUGACUCUGCUCAGACGACCUCCAGCACAGCUCCACGUCCUGCCACUCCGAUGGAGGUGCAGGAAGAAGGGUCAACAAACCCGGACCAGGACCCUUGCACCACCGACGCUGCAGACGAGACGACAGAACUACAGAACGCUCCGGGUGCAAGUUCUGAGAAUACCACAAAGACGACCGCGUCCAGCUCGGAUCAGACCACAACCCCCUCUCAGCCCCAGCAGGACGACACGGUCCAGCCUGAAUCAUGUGAGGUCAAGCAGCUGCAGGAGGGCCAAGAGAUCUACAUCCAGACCGAGCAGCUAACAGUCCAGCUGGCAGAGCCGGGAUCGGACGGCAUCGUCAUCGUCAACGGACCCGACGGGACUACUAUGCACAUUCAGACCCCGGAGGGAGUUCCUCUGGAGGCAGUCCAGGCCCUGCUGGGCAUCGAGGCUGCAGACGGAGACAAAGUUUCUCAGUAAACCAGAACUUAUUUCAAUAAAAACGGUUUUAAAACAUUGGAUUCUUACGGUGGUUUGAGUGAACCAACCAGGUGAGUACGAGGGCCUCACGGACAGGUAAACCUCUAAAGACGUGUUCCCGAGCACCUGCCUGUCUGGAAUGUACCUGCCGGUCUCUCCGGUCCAAGUCAGCGAGUCAGGACCCGUCUACACUACAAACAUUUAUCUUGUCCCGCACAUUUCAACAAAAACGCUGAAAUGCUCACGCCGCGCCACAAGGGGGCGACGACGGUCCACACGCGCAACACCAGAACUCGGAACAUUUUGAAUUUAGGUAACGAUCCUCACAUUUUUCCUUUAAUACGUUAUCUCUCUCUUUUUUAUCAGGAUUAGGACAAAACAAGACAGACAUAAAUAAAAACUGUUAAACUAAUCAUUUACAACUUUGAAGUGAAAAUCGGCUGCGGAGGCGUUUCUGAAAACCUUUGCAUUGUCCGUCUACACGUCGGUCCUCAGAAACUCUUUGUGCUGACAUUUGGAGC